CCAGGGGCCUUGUCUUUUAUUUUGAAGGCUACGGGAGUAGCUUUAGUGUUUUUUUCAUUAAAAACAUGGUGGCCGUCACCGUCAAUGAUGGAAGCGGCAAUGUCAGCGUCUCCGUGACUCACCCCAACCUCUGUGACGGGGAGUUCCACGCCAUUAAAGUUUCCAAACAUCGGCGAGUUAUCAGGCUGAAGGUGGACUCCCUGUCGAAAAAGAAGGCGGGAGCUGACGUGCCCGCCACCCACUCAUCAAUACUGCGAGCCCUUUACGUCGGAGGGGCCGAACAGGUCAACGGCGCCGCCGUGACGUCGCCGUUUGUGGGCUGCUUGCGAAACGUGUCGCUUAACAACAAACGUGUUGCGUUUGAGACCGGGGCGAGGGUGGUCGGCCAUGUUGCCGUCAACAGAUGCCCGGCGUCCUGAGGACGACGCGUCGCCAGCGU